AGAUUUUUAUCCAUUUCUCAAACAACCAGAGGUUCCUGAGUCAGGCUUCCGUCUUACCAGCGACAAUGACCCUCAAAGCAAUCGUGUUCGGUGGAAACGGCAAGAUCGGCCGUUUAAUCACGAGGUAUAUGCUGGAGCGCUCGUGGCACGUUACAAGUGUUGUCAGAAACUCUAGGCAGAGCGCCGAAAUCUUGCAACUUGGAGAUGGCCUCGCAAACCGCCCUGAUGUGGUUGUUUGUGACCUUCUGAGUCUUUCUGAAACAAUAGCUGGGGAAAUCUUCCAGGGAGUCAAACCGGACUGCGUUGUUUUCACCGCAAGCGAUUCUGCGAACUAUGAAGCUAUCGAUUGCAACGCUGCCAAGAUGCUCAUCAAGGUCUCCGCGGGACACACAAGCGUGAGAAAAUUCUUGGUUAUAUCAUUUCCUGCUAGUCGUCGGAAGCGGGCACCCUGGUGGAAUGAUAAGGAGUGGGCGGAUCAUCUGAAAGAGAAAAAGAUGUUUCCUGUCGCCGCCCAGAUGAAGGUGCAAACGGAUGAAUAUUUGCUAUCAGUGGCAAAUGCUAAGCAGGCAAAGGGGCAGCAUUUCCAAGGCAUCUCCCUGAGGCCGACGUGGUUCGUUAGCAAGCCUCCGACGGGCAAAAUCACGUUGGGACACACCACAGCAUUAGGUCAAAUUGCCGCCGGCGACGUAGCCUUGACAGCUAUCAGUCUUCUAUCAAGGAAUGACACUAAUGGAUGGUUUGAUGUCAACAAAGGGUCCAAAGAUAUUGAGGAGGCUGUGGAAGAG